AUGAGCAACAAUAUCCUCAUCGUCGGCGCAACCCGUGGCCUCGGCGCCUCGCUUCGAUCCCUUUACGCCGCCAAAGAAACCACCAAGACCGUCUUCGCCACAGCUCGUUCCUCCUCGUCUGAAUCCAGCACCGACGCCCGCACCACCUGGAUCCCCAACAUCGACAUCGCCCAGCCCGAUGCCGGUCAGAGACUCACCUCCCAGCUCCCCAAGUCCACCAAGAUCCAAACGGCGAUCAUCACAGCCGGAUACUUCGGCUUCGAAACAUUCAACACACCGGACUGGGACAAGCAGGUGAAGAUGUACACCACGUCAGCGAUCGGCCCGGUCUUCGUCGUCCAGCAGCUCGUGAAGGCCGGGUUCCUGGACAAGGGCAGCAAGGUGAUCCUGGUGAGCAGUGAGAGCGGAAGUAUCACGCUGCGACAUGAGUCCGAGGGGGGAGGAAACUACGGUCAUCAUGCCAGCAAGACGGCGCUGAAUAUGGUAGGGAAACUGCUGAGUCUGGAUCUCAAGGAUCAGGGCAUUGCGGUGGGCUUGGUACAUCCGGGUUUCAUGCGCACUGAGAUGACCAAGAGUGUGGGAUUCGAUAAGUAUUGGGAUGCGGGGGGUGCUGUUACUCCCGAUGAGGCGGCUCAGUCGUUGGCUUCUUUCGUGGAGGACUUUGAUAUCAGCAAGACGGGAGAAUAUUGGGCACCUAGGGGUCCGGGGGACAUUGGAACUGCCGAGCCAGUACUGGGGAAGAACUUGUCAACCCCGUUGCGUCUACCAUGGUAA